UUUGCCGAGAUUCGUUUGUAACGAUAUUUGUAGGGAAGUACGAAUACAAGUCGAUAUCGUUGUUUCCUGUUUGGUCGAUAAGUGAUCGUGCAUCGUUCUUUUCAAAACGAGAAAUUGAACUUCGAUAUCUAUAAAAUAUUUACCGAACCUCUCGUUCUGUGAUAUCGGUGUAUAGACCGCGGCAAAUUCAUUAUCCUUUUGAUAUCAUUUCGACUUAAAGAAGUUGAAUUAUAAUUAACGUUGAAACGUUUCGUCCAAACAUGAUAUUUUAAAUUAUGCAACUAUAGAGGUCCACCAUUUUGAUACGGAUAUGAGAAUUGGGUAAAUAAAUGAUAUAAUAUAAUAUAUUUACACACAAUAGAGAAAAUAAUCUCCAAUCCAUACUAUGGUCUUGAUCGUAUCGGAUAAGAUACAUGUGCCGGUAGUUAUGCAUUUCAAGAUAUAACCAUGGAAACUAGGUCGUCAACAGCGUGUAAUACUAGUAAAUCUACUGCAUCACAUGAAUCCAGGAGUGAAAUGCAAAUGGUACUUGCUAAAAUGAUGGAAGAAAAGCAUACGUUUUCUUAUAAAAAAUUAGUUGUACCUAUGUCAAUGAGAAGUAUUUAUUGGAAAUAUUUUGGAUUUCCUGCUACCGAAGACGGUGAUAUAUUAACUAAGAUUAAAAUUGUAUGUAUAUUAUGUAAGACACAAAUUGCAUAUAAUCGUAACACUAGUAAUUUGCGAAUGCAUUUGCAAAAUAAACAUUCUCAAGAGUUGUUAGAAUUGGAAUCUACUACGCCACCCCGUAGACAAGUUAUUUCUCAGGAGGCAAAGGAUCGUAGAGCACAGAAAAAGAAAAUCAAAGCUGAAUUAUCAUCGCCACAACAUAUUUAUACUACUGCUGCGGAUGGUACAGUACAAAUCGAUGGAGAUAUUCAAUUUGUGACAGAUCCAAAUAUUAAUCUAUCCAAUAUGGAAGAUGACAUUACUCUAGCUCAACCAUUGAGAGUGAUGAUCAAAGGUAGUACAAAUAUGGGUAAUAAUAAUCAAAAUGUAGCAUUUCUUAUGCCAGAAGAUAACACGGUGCAUCAAUUAAGUAUAGACGGUAAAACUUUAUCUGAUGCUAUUGCGGAAUUUAUAAUAAUGGACCUACAGUUACCAGAAGUGGUAGAAGGUCAUGGAUUUCAAAGGCUUGUUGCUACGUUAAGAUCACCUUGUGAAAUUCCAAGUAAAAAGAAGCUCGAAGAAGAAAUAAUACCUAAAAUUUAUGAUACUUUUCGUGAAUCCGUGACUGCUUCCCUCGCUUGUAUAAACAGCGACGUUGGUUUAACCAUCGAAGAAUGGAAAUCUAAUUUCAAUGAAAGUUUUGUGACAAUAUCUGUGUAUUAUCAAAAUACGGGUGAAACUUCCCUGGAAUAUAAAGUUUUAAAUAGUUUGCACGCGCCUUCAAACUGGGAUAAGGAUCAAUGGUGUAACGUAAUUGAUACUUUAUUACAUGAGUGGUAUAUUAAAAUCGAACGAAUAACGGCUGUGGUCAUAGCAACGUCUAGAGCAGAGUUGAUAGCUGCAUUAGGAUCUAAAAAUUUAACAUUGAUACCAUGUCUCCUUCACACGUUACAAGUUUGCGCACAAGCUUGUUUCGACAAUGCAGCAGUGGCUAAUAUUUUAUCCAAAUGUAGAACUAUUAUUGGAGCCAUUCCAAAUCUUCAGGGUUCUACGGGUAUUUCUAUGCAAGAAGAACAAGAAGUGGAGUCUGAGGAAAAGUUCAUACUAAUCGAUUAUCCUGGCAUUUGGACGUCCACUCAUAAUAUGAUGGAGCAAAUUGUAACAAAACGUCAUAUCAUUUCUUCUAUAUUGGAUAAUGUAGAAGGUAAUGAACAAGAAAGUAUCGAUUUAACCCCCGAGGAAUGGAAAAUAAUUGAGGAUCUUGUUAAUGUUCUUGAACCAUUUAAAGUAACUAUUAUAACGCUCAGCGAAGAGAAAAUGCCUUUGAUAUCUCUUCUAAGGCCAUUACUUUGGCAGCUUGUGUCAUCUCAUCUUAAAACAAAAGAAAGUGAUAGCGAUAUAGCCAAAUCUUUUAAAGUGUCUUUGUCGGAAAUGUUGUUCCAACGAUACUCUGAUUAUAAUGUGAAUCUUAUGCUUCAAAUUGCAACAUCGUUAGAUCCACGAUUUAAGCAAUUACCAUAUGCAUCAGAAGAAGACAAAGGUAUGGCUGUUAAUCCUAUCAAAGAAAUGUUGACUAAGCUAAUACAGGCAGAAAGUGGUGACUUGAUUAAAAUGGAAGAUGAACCGUUGAAUAAAAAAAGUAGAUUAUCAGGUAUGGAACUCUUACUUGGUAGUUUGUGUUCAACGAAGAAUGGAAUACCAGCAGAGGAAAAAGCUAAUCUGGAAUUAGUGCAAUAUCAAUCAGAAUCGACUGCACCUCUCGAUUAUUGUCCUUUGCAAUGGUGGGCAAAAGUAUCCGCUAAAUGUCCAAAUCUAGCUAAAUUAGCAUGUAGGUAUAAUUGUGUCCCUGCUUGUUGCGCUCCGCCAGCUCGUAUUCCUGCAGAAGUACAAGUUUUAUAUGAAACGAGGCGUGCUGCCGUACCGUCUCAUUUAGUCGAUAAGUUACUUUUCCUUCACGGCAAUCAUACGGUUUGAUUCAAUUUAUUUGUUGCUUAUAAUACAAUUUUGAAAAUAUCAAUAAAUCAAGCUAUUUGGAAAUAUCUUGUAAAUAGAAUCAACUAUUUUACGAUAAUACGUGAUACGCUUGUUUUCACUUUUUAAAACAAAUAAUUACGAGAAAAUUGCAUGCAAAAGAACAUCGGAUUAAUCUUUGAACAUUUUUGUUGUUACUUUGUUGAACAAAAGUAACAAAAAAGACAAAAAAAAAAAAAAAAA